AUGCUGCUUCUCCUGCACCUGCUGCCUGCCAUGCUGCCCACUACCACUCUGGCUGGUUGCCCUGCAGCCGGUGCUGACCGGCACCUCAUUCUAGCCAAGGUGCGGGCUCAGGUGCUGGAGCAUCUGAGCCCCCCAGAUCUUCAGGAAGAGCCCCAGAAGGAAGCACGGAGGGUGCACAGGAGGGACAUCAUUGAAAAUGCUGAAGUUGAGCCAGAGGAGCUGGAAGACACCUCCCAGGUGAUCCUCUUCCCUUCCACAGAUGUUCCCUGUGAGCCCGUGCAGCCAGACAGGCUGCUGGAGGAAGAAGGGAUUUUCACCUACCUCUUCCAGCCCUCAGCACACACCCUGAGCCGCGUGGUGACCUCUGCCCAGCUCUGGUUUUACACCGGUCCGUCAGCUGCCCCCAACCACUCGGCCCCUGAUGUGCUGACCCUGUCACCACAGGGCCGAGUGUCAGUGACAGCCACGGUGGUGCAGACACCCGAGCACUGGACAGUGUUUCACCUCACCCCAGAGCUGCUGUCCCAACUCUCACAGCCGCUCUUUGUGCUCCUGGUACACUGCCCUGGCUGCCCCUGCCUGGCUGAGGGGGAUAAGAUGCCCUUCUUGGUGGUCACCACUCGGGCCAAGGGUAGUGAGAGGGCUCGUCGCUCGGCUGUGCCCUGGUCCCCAGCUGCCCUGAGCCUGCUGCAGCGCCCGUCUGAGGAUCUGGCUGCCCACACCAACUGCCGACGGGCUUCUCUCAACAUCUCCUUCGAGGAGCUGGGCUGGGACAAGUGGAUUGUGCAUCCCAGCAGCUUCAUUUUCCACUACUGCCAUGGGAACUGUGCCGAGGGCCAUGGGCUGAGCCACCGCCUGGGUGUACAGCUUUGCUGUGCUGCCCUGCCCGGCACCAUGCGCUCACUGCGCGUCCGCACCACCUCCGACGGUGGGUACUCCUUCAAGUAUGAGACUGUGCCCAACAUCCUGGCCCAGGACUGCACCUGUGUCUAG